UUUGAAUUGUACCAAUAUAUUUAUUCAGCGAGAUGUCCAAGUGAAUUAAAAGACACAGAAAAAUAACCUGCUGAUUUGUCAGCCAUACCGCGAAUAAAAGGAACUGGGAAAUAAAUAAUGAACUCCAGCUGAACACAGUUGUAAAGAUAAUUUAGCAGCGGUCUCCGGAGCACAUGAAAAAUCAACACAUUCAAUAAUUAAACAUGCAUACCUACGUUAGUUGAAAGAACAAUCUGUUAUCGUGUUUUGCGAUCUGCAAACCGCCAGGUUACCUCACCUCCCGCAGGACUGUCUGCCAGGUGGUUUUUAAAACUCAACCGACGACUCUGUGUAUUACAGUAAAACGACUUUAGUCAUUUUAAAUGUUUACUUCCUUUUAAAAAAAAUUGCGCAAUAAGUCAUUUCUUGUCUUUAAGCUUCACCCGGCGAUCGCUUGUGCUCGUCGUUAUAAUGAACGCCGCUCCACUGUAAGCCUUCAUUCAAACACACGUACUACAGCUGGGCUGGAUAAUUCACACGCUGUGUGCGACUCGGAGUCGAGAGAAAAGGGUAAGAGAGAGAGAAAAAGCGAGGGAGGGAGGCAGAGGAAGACGAGCAGACUGGAAACAUGGCCGAGAAUAAGACGGGCGCGGGAGCGGGGCUCUUUGCCAAACGAGUCCAGAAACAACUGAGCCGAGGCCGGGAGAAGGUCCUGCAGAAGCUGGGGAAGACCGUCGAGACAAAGGACGAGCAGUUUGAGCAGUGCUCCCAGAGCUUCAUCAAACAGCAGAAUGAAGGCAGCAGGCUGCUCAAGGAUUUAAAGUCUUACUACAGCGCUGUGAAAGGGAUGCACGAUGCCUCCAAGAGGCUGUCCGAGUCCCUGCAGGAGGUGUACGAGACGGACUGGGAGGGCAAACCCGAGCACAAGACCAUCAUGGAGAGCGAUGACCUCCUGUGGAAUGACUUUGAGGAGAAGCUGGCUGACCAGGCAGUGCGCACCAUGGAGACCUACGUGAGCCAGUUCCCCGAGGUCAAGGAGCGUGUCGCGAAGCGCGGCAGGAAGCUGGUGGACUACGACAGCGCCCGGCACCACCUGGAGGCGCUCCAGAACAGCAAGAAGAAAGACGAGGCCAAACUCAGCAAGGCAGAGGAGGAGUUCAAUAAGGCGCAGAGCGUGUUUGAGGAGAUCAAUACUGAGCUGAGGGAGGAGCUGCCAGCACUCUAUCACAGUCGGAUUGGAUGCUACGUGACGGUUUUUCAGAACAUUUCGAACCUGAGGGAUAUUUUCUACAAAGAGAUGAGUAAGCUGAACCAUGACCUGUACGAUGUGAUGACCAAGCUUGAGAUGCAGCAUUCUGACAAGGUCUUCAUCAUCAAGGGAGUAUCCAGUAACAGAGGUUCUGUGAUGAUCUCGUCUCCGAUCCGUCCCGCAAACCCGUCCACCUCCUCUGAGGUCAGUCCGGACCAGAGCCAGAACCAGAACGGGCAGGACUCUGUCUCCUCCAGCACAGAGGAGCAGAACCAAGGCAAUGAAACCACCGAGCCCACGGAGACAAGAGAGCCCGGCGCUGAUCAACCCAGUGAAGCCACAGCUCCCAGCGAGACUGGAACCAGUGAAGCCACAGCUCCCAGCGAGACUGGAACCAGUGAAGCCACAGCUCCCAGCGAGACUGGAACCAGUGAAGCCACAGCUCCCAGCGAGACUGGAACCAGUGAAGCCACAGCUCCCAGUGAGACUGGAACCAGCGAAACCACAGCUUCCAGUGAGACUGGAACCAGCGAAGCCACAGCUCCCAGUGAGACUGGAACCAACGAAACCACAGCUCCCAGUGAGAAUGGAACCAGCGAAACCACCGUAUCCACUGAGCCUGGAUCUAGCGAAACCACAGCUUCCCUAGAGACUGAACCCAUUGAGGUCACAGCCUCCAGCUCAGCCGACCCCCUGAAUGAGAACGCAGCCCCCCCUGAUGAGUCUCGACUCAGCGAGGCCACCCCCACGCACCCAGGGGAUGGUGCAGACACCCCACCCAGUGAGGAGCCGCCUGCCUCCGUGCCUCCGGUCUCCAACCCUGCCUCGGAGAGCCUUGAUACCCAGGAACAGCCUCCAGAGGCUGGGCAGAGUCCCCCAGUCUCCCCUGAGGAGAGUGAGGAAGGAGGGGAGGACGAGGCUCAGUCUGGCUCUGAACCACGGCAGAGUUCAGGGGCUGUGGAGGGAGACGGGGCCAAAGAGGAGAGGGAGGAGGAGGAGGAGACCGAGGGAGGCGGGGGGGCUGUCUCCGGAGAGCAAGAGAGUUGAGGUAGAAAGAAAACAACGGCUUCCUCCUCCUCCUCCUCGCUCACAUCAUGAACUAACUAACAGUGCGCUCUCCAGACCGCACUGCUCACACAUGCACGCAUGCAGACACACACGCACACCUCUGCUCAGGCCCUGAGCUAACCCCCCGGCUUCUCAAAGCUCCCCCUUUCCCCUGUGCGUUCAGCCAGACUCCACGCAGCUUGGUUUCAGCUUGCUUGACGCCUAAACUCACCCGAGCGUGGCAGCAUCAAACUGCGUGGAGAAAGAGCACUCCACACAGUGCAGUGUAGUGUAGGUAAGAGGUAACUCAGGAUCUGAGAGCCAGCCAAUUCAAUACAGUCUAGUAUAGAGAACUCAGUGCUGUACUGGGGAUCCGAGAGCCAGCCAAUUCAAUACAGUCUAGUAUAGAGAACUCAGUGCUGUACUGGGGAUCUGAGAGUCAGCCAAUUCAAUACAGUCUAGUAUAGAGAACUCAGUGCUGUACUGGGGAUCUGACAGCCAGCUAAUUCAAUACAGUCUAGUAUAGAGAACUCAUUGCUGGAGAUCUGAGAGCCAGCUAAUUCAAUAGUCUAGUAUAGAGAACUCAGUGCUGUCCUGGGGAUCUGAGAGCCAGCUAAUUCAAUACAGUCUAGUGUAGAGAACUCAGUGCUGUACUGGGGAUCUGAGAGCAGCUAAUUCAAUACAGUCUAGUGUAGAGAACGCAGUGCUGUACUGGGGAUCUGAGAGCCAGCAUGUUGAUGCAAUUUAGUGUAUAAAAUGUGGUACUAUUAUCAAACUGUGAUUUUUAUGUUUAAAGUUCAGCUUUUGUAACACAAAUUUUUAAACAUACUUUUUUUAUAUACAGUAUAAAUGUAUGAAAAAAUAAAAUACAACUGUAAUACCUGG